UGGAGACGGCAAACGUGCAUUCGAUCAAUAAGUGCGACCGGUGUGCGUGGCGAUGUUAUUUAUUAUGCACCAUGUGGGAAGCGACUCGGAUCUUACGCCGAAGUGAUUCGGUAUUUGAACAAGAGGAAUAUAACGUCAAUAUGUCGUGAUCACUUCAGUUUUAGUUGUAAAAUUAUUGUUGGUGAAUUCAUCAUCAUCAGGCAAUCAGCCGAUGGGUCUGACAAGGCAAUAACAAAGAUCUCAGAAGAUGAAGUAUUGACUGAAAUCGCUCGUCUUUCUGGUGUGAGUGGAUCUCGUAAAGCGUCGAAUGCUAGUGGUGAACAUCCAUCAAAAACAAAUGGUUGA